AUGCCGCCAUUUCAAUUCCGAGGGAAUAGGGAUCGUCAGUCGCGCCCCAGGCAGGAGUUUACCUUCCGCUACCCGCGACCGCCCACAGCUGAACGGCCGCUAUUGCGAGGCAGGCGAGAAGCUACGCCCGAGCAGCUGGUUGGUGAAACAGCCGGUGAUAAGUCUGCGCCAAAGUUUGCCUCACUGGACGCGAUGAGUGACAGCGAAGAGGCUGAGAUGGAGGUGUCUUCGGAUGAUUCGGACGAUGAAUCGCGACCUCGCAAGAAACGUGCCCUCGCCGUUGACGGCCCCAGCGAGCCAGCUGCCGCUCCACCAGCCCCCAAAUGGUCCAACCCCGACCCUUACACAUCCUUGCCUCCGCCCGAUGAAAGUCAGUCCAAGAGGGUGGAUGUGGUCAAGUUGAUUCGCAAGGCGAGAGUCUCGGACGGCGCGGCCAAGGCAAAACAAGCGGACGCGGUGAAGGACAAUGAGGACUUUAUCUCGUUUGGCAUGGACGAUGAGGAUGAAUCAGACCAUGGAUCCGUGAGCAACGCCCCGGAAUCUGCGCCUAGAGGGCCCAGAGGACUGGAACCCCGGGACCCUGCGAUAACGAGCCGAAAGCGGACUCGUGAAGAUGAAAUCAAGGGAUAUUCUCGAAAGGCUGGAAAGCCUAUGGGCCGGUUCAGACCGGAUGGGUCGAUUCUCGACCAGUGGCUGCCGCUGUCUAGAGAGACAGCCACGCCGUGGAUGAAAUACACAACCUAUUCCACGAAUUUGCAAGCACGAUUCGACAAUGAGAUUCUCAGCUUCUACAACUGGGUCAAGCCCCAGCCGUUUGAGCAGAUUGUCCGAGCGGAUCUCAUCGAUCGAUUGCAAAGCGCAUUCCAGAACCGUUACAGUGGUGUGAGGGUUCGGCCAUUCGGCUCAUUUGCCUCGGGUUUGUAUCUCCCUACCGCGGAUAUUGACCUAGUCCUCCUGUCCACGGCGUUCAUUAGCAAAGGAGUCAAGACAUUUGGCGAGAGAAAGGGUCAGAUUUAUGCCUUCGCAGCUUUUCUCAGGAACUCCAACAUCACGGUUCCCAACUCGAUUGAAGUCAUUGCGGGUGCUCGAGUGCCCAUCCUCAAGUUUGUGGAUAAAUUGACGGGACUACGAGUUGACCUGUCUUUUGACAAUGACAGCGGGUUAAUCGCCAAUGAGACGUUCCAAAAAUGGCAGGCUGAGUUUCCUGAGAUGCCGGUCAUUGUGUCGGUGAUCAAACAAUUCUUGCUGCUUCGCGGUCUCAACGAAGUUCCGACUGGAGGCCUGGGAGGAUUCUCGAUCACUUGUCUGGUCACCAGUCUACUCCAGCAAUUGCCUCACGGUGACAUGAAGCAGAGUCUCGCUAUCGCCUUGAUGGAAUUCUUCAAUUUCUACGGCAACUACUUUAAAUAUGAAAGCGUGGGCAUUCGGAUGGAGCCUCCUGGGUACUUCAAUAAGGUUUUCUUCGGGAACCGAGACCGUCUCACCAUCCGGGACCCCAAUAAUGCCAGCAAUGACAUUUCAGGUGGGACAAAGGAGAUUGAAAUGAUCUUGACGGCAUUUUCUCGAGCGUACCGCAAUUUGAAUGAUCGGCUAGACUACUUGGUGGACUACAAUCAACCUGAUCUGGGCUUCUUAGGCACCAUUAUUGGGGCCAACUAUGACGACUACACUGAGCAGCGCUAUCAACUGCGUCAUGUGUUUGAAACGUCCAGUCGCUUUGCUCGCCAUCGGUCACCGCCACCGCCGCCGCCGAUGAGUCCUCCUGGGAAUGAAGCUGCUCCUCCACCUCUGCCGCCGGGUCCCCCGCCGGGCCCGUCAUCGAAGAAUUCAAGGUCUUCCACGAAGACCUCGACUAAUGGAGCGGGGAGGAAAAUGAAUGGGCAACAGAAGCAGGGAAACCAGCAACAGGGUGCCACUCAGCGGGGCCCUGCUGCUACUGCUACUCAAGUUUCUGAUCAAUCCUCUGGAGAUGAAGACAGCUCUGGGGGUUCGCACGGGCCCAAGGAGCGAAAAAUGACCAAGAAUCAAACCAGGCGCACAGAUUGUCAGAAGCGUGCUACCCGAUUCAAGCAGUUGCGUCCCGAUCUGCGUGUUCCGGACCGACUGAGUCUUCGCCAGGCUCGCAGACUGGCUGGGUAUGAGACAAACGAGGAGAUGGAGCAGGAUCUUCAGGCCCGAGAGAAUGCGCCUACUGGUGCGGCCUGA